GAGAGAUAUAGAAAGAAAGAAACCCAUUUUAAAAAAAAUAGAUAUAUAGAUAGAUAGAAACUAAAAUAGUAGCAACAAUCGAUCGAGCUAACGCAAAAGAAAGCGGAGCUGAAAUCAAGAGGAAGGGAAAGCUCGAAAAAAUAAAUGCACUCUAAAUAAAAACACAAAUUAUAUAUCCAAAAAAAAAAAAAUCGAGGGAGGAAGCCAUAAAGAAUCCAGGCUGCGAACAAUCCAAUACCAAUCCCAACCCCAACCCCAACCCCAACAAACAACUGCAGUGGCACUCGAUUCCUGUGCAAUUGGUCAAGCUAGUUGUUUAAGUUCCUGCACUGUUCUCAACUCUAUCCUACCAACUCCACUGAUCUCUUUCCUUCAACUUCAAUUCUCCAAUUCCCAGCUCUCUUUUUUUUUUUUUUUCAUUUUUUGAAUUGCCUAUAAAAAAUACAUUGGGGGUUUUAAUUGCUGCAGUGAUUUUUCUUUUCGGUUCGUGCUGUUCCGCUUCAGACGACGCGCUCUUCUUUCUUUUAAGUUCGGUGAUUCCAACUCUAGGGUUUUUAUUUGUUCUUUGCUUUAUUCAAUUCGGCUUUGUUUACUGGGGUUUCUAUUUGCCACUCAACUGGAGUUUGAUCCCUAGGGUUUUGGUUCCACGAAGAUGAGAUUUGAGCUUGCAUUGUAUGGUGUCUUGGUCGGUCAAUUUAGGGAUGUUUGGAAACUGAGAUAACUCUGUCCACCUUGGGAAUUAUGAGUUUUUUUUUUUUUUCCCUUUCUCUGGGAUUUCAUGCUUGCUGUUUUACUCUCAAUAUGCAGAGAUUGAGAGUUUGAUUUGCAUUGUAUUGUACUCAAAUUGGUGAACUUGGACUUGUUUGGUGGCGGAGAAGACACUAAAUUGGGGGUGGAAACGGGUUUCAGCGGUUUUGUAGUUCUGUGAAUGGUGCAGGGAUCUGCUUAUUGAGCAAUGCAACCUCAGCAGGGGUCCAGAAUCAAUUUAGGUGAAUUGAAAGCUCAGAUAGUCAAGAAGCUUGGGGCUGAGAGGUCAAAAAGGUACUUGUAUAAUUUGAGCAGGUUUUUAAGUCAGAAGCUUAGUAAAAGUGAGUUUGAUAAGUCAUGUUACCGCAUUCUUGGGAGGGAGAAUCUGCCACUGCACAAUCAGUUGAUACGUUCAAUCUUGAAAAAUGCAUGUCAGGCUAAGACUCCGCCACCAGUUCAUGAAGCGGGUCUUGCAAAAUCUUUGAUACAAACUGUGAAAAGUUCUCCUGUUAGAGAAGACGGACAUGAACAAACUGGAUCCCUUGUUCCCAAUCAGAAUCCAAAUAUGGCCAUUUGGUCAAAUGGGGUUUUGCCAUUGUCUUCCCCACGAAAGGUUAGGUCUGGAAUACGGGAUAGAAAAGGCAGGGAUAGGCCCAGCCCGCUGGGGCCAAAUGGAAAGGUUGAGAUUGUCUCACAUCAGUCAAUGGGUAUGGACGACAAUGGCAAUAAAUUGGGUACAGAAAAUGGGGAUUUGACUCCGUAUGAUUAUCGGAGACCAAUGCAGCAUCUUCAAGCAGUUGCCGAGCAGCCUGAAAUUGAAAGAGAAAAUUUGGUGCAAUCCAGAGAAAAACCGGGGGUGCUUAGUAAAGAUCAGACUGAAGGACCCAUUGUUGAAUAUGGGGACGAGGUGGAGCAAGUUAAGCACAUUAAUCUCUCUAGAAGUCCUCUGCUUGCACCACUCGGGAUUCCAUUUUGCUCAGCUAGUGUUGGUGGGGCCCACAAAGCUAUGCCAGUGGCAAGCAGUGGCAACUUCAUUAGCUACUAUGACAGUGGUGGUUUGUAUAGUACUGAGACAUUGAAGAAACGUAUGGAGCAGAUUGCAGGAGCGCAGGGUCUUGGAGGGGUUUCUAUGGAAUGUGCUAGUAUGUUGAAUAACAUGUUGGAUGUAUACUUGAAGAAACUAAUCAGGUCAUGUGUUGAUCUGGUGGGAUCAAGAUCUACACAUGAGUUGAGAAAUCACUCUGCUCACAAGCAGCUGCCUCAAGGCAAGCUUGUUAAUGGCAUGUGGCCAAGUAAUCACUUGCAUAUGCAGAGUAGCUCUGGGCCCAUAGAAGUUUUGCAGGAACGGGGGCAGUGGUGCUCAAUAUCUUUGCUUGAUUUCAAAGUGGCAAUGGAGCUAAAUCCCCAACAGCUGGGUGAAGAUUGGCCAUUGCUUCUGGAAAAAAUUUGUAUGCAUUCGUUUGAAGAAUGAAAUAUCCUUCAAAGAUUGGUUUCCUGAAGCUGUCAUUAGAUUUGGAUCUGUCCAUUCUGGUUCAUGUGCUUGAUCACUGAAGCUCCCAGUUCUUUUCCAUUAUUGACAUGGACCAGAUGGCGCCCCAUUUAGAUAAAGCUCUGGCCAUUGCAAGAUGAAAUUAUGGGGUGGUGGAUGCCUGUACUCCUGCUGCGGAGCCGGGAUGGAUCAGAAAUUAUUUUUGAGCGACUGAGCUAAGGUGAUUGAAAGAAAGUGCUAACAACUGGUUGCUCUGUUGUACGAUUAGCAUUGUUGUUGGCUGUCUUCUGCUAUCUCAACAGAUUUCAAGCUUUUCUUGUAAUUAACAGUCAAUGAGGUGGAAAUGUAAGAAAGUUUUGCAGGGAUACUGUUUUGUAUCUUGGUGAAGGGUAAAAUUACUUGUGUAAGAACUGCAGCAUUGCUCUGUAUGUAAUUUUAAAAUCUGAGAAUUGAUUGAGUUCCAAUAUCAAUAACAAAGUUGACAUCCAUUAAAUUGUCCAUGGUGAUUUAUACGUAGAUGUUUCCACCGGAUGAC